UGAUGGAUUAGACUCCUUCUACAAUUGAUAUUUCUGAAAUAGCCUAAGAUGAAGAACAAUAAUACCAAUCCUAUAUUAGAUAGGAAAGCACUAUGGAAAAGAAACUGUAGUACUCAAUUUCAGCUAAUAAUCAAAUAAAGGGAAUUAAUUUAUAGGAUAUAUAUAAUAAAGAAGGAUGGCUAAUGAAAAAGAGUCCUAAAUUACUUGUAGGAUGGCAAGUAAGAUUUGAAUUUUAUUAUUAAUUCCUUAGAAACGAUACGUUAAGAUUUAUGAUGGAAAAAUGUAAUAUUUUAAAGGUUUAGACAAAUUCAAGGGAUGCAUAGACUUUCAUUUGAUAUCAGUUUCAAUAACUCCUAUAAUGAAGAAUAAUGAAAUACAUGAAAUAAGGUAAUCAUAUAUAUUUAUAAUUAAAAGACUGGAAUUGAAAGGAAUAAAAAAGAUAUUUUAAUUUAAGAGUAUAGAACGUAAUGAAUUAGAUGAUUGGUAUCGUUGUAUUUAAUAACAUAUUUUGAUUACAUAAUUCUAUCCUAAAAUUACACCUUUGAAUAAUGAAUCUAUGUGGAGAUUUGAGAGAAUAUCUGAAACUUAUUUUAGAAAGAAGGCUGAUACUGGUGACAUUCUAUUAUUUAGGUAAAUAUAUAAAUUAAAAAUUCUUAGGGGAUAAUCUUCAUUAAGUAAAAUAUAAAGAGCUUUCACUGGAGAUAACUUUGAUCAUGUAGCAUUAUUACUUCGAUAUAAUAAUGGAGAAUUAUUUUUAUUUGAAUCUAUGGGAUAAACAGUAACAAUCAAUUUUGAAGAUCUAGGGUGUUAGUAUAUUGAGUUGGGAUACUUUUAUGAGAAACAAUUGGCACACUUUGUAUUAGCAAAUGGUAUAUAGAUAAUUAGAAGUAAAUAGAUCAAAUGAAUUUCUUGAGAAACUCGAAUAAUUUGUAAAGGUUUUCUAUAUAUUAUAUAUUAUUAGGGAUCAAUUGGUAAAAGAUAUCAAAUGUCUCCUAGUAAAUUGAUUAAAAGAUUUACAAAAUCAAGUGAAUCUAUUGAUGAUCUAGAAAAAGAUGAUAAAACUUUUUUUUGUUCUGAAUUAAUAGCAGCAGCGUAAUUUUAUCUUUGAAUUUAGUUAUAAAAAAAUGGGAAUCAUAGAUGCAAAUAGAUGUGCUGCAUCCUAUUGGCCAGGUAUUUUUGCAUAGAAUUCAAAACUCCAAUUAACAAAAGGAAAUUUGAAAUAAGAACAACUUAUAGAUUUUUCUUUAGUUUGA